AUGGAUCAGAACGGCUACAACUCCUCGGUGCUGCAGCGGCCACCGCGUAGAGGGGACGAUGGGGACGAUGAUGAACGAGACUCUCGUCCGCAUCACCACCAUCGUCACCACCAUCACCAUCAUCACCACCGCCACGACGGCGAUUUAGCUUCGGGACCUGCAGCUGGAGAAGCGGCGACAGCCUCAUCGAAUGCAGGCGGCGCGAAUGCGCAUCAGCACUCCACCUUUAGCCUGCGCUCACCCAAAAGCGAAUAUCGCCCGCCUCCCUUCUCUUCUCCCAACGGCCAUAAUCAUAAUCAUAGUCAUCACAACACCAGCACUCCAGCUGCCAACCAUUCCCUUCAAUCCCCGCCUCGUCCGGCGUUGCCCAAUCCCUACAUGUCAUCGUCCACAGGCGCACCCGGCGGCCCCGUCGCUCCUUCUCUGCCACCUCCUGUAGGCCUAAACUCGUCUUCAUCGCCUGGAUCAUCGGCUGCUGGACUUCAUCAGCAUCAUCACCAAUCUGGAGUACCAGUUCAUCAACACCAAGCUUCUGGUCCUCCGCCCGUGUCGCCGCUGCAUCCUCCUGCUGCGUACUAUCCUCCCUCAUCGAAUACGGAUAUUUAUAUACCUCGUGAUCCCAAACCUGCAUCGCGAGGUUUUUACGACCCUACAACUGAUACAACAAAGGAACGUCGAAUUUCUGACGCGGCGACGCCUGGAGCCUCCUGGCACAACGCCAACGCCAACGCGCCCCCGGCUGGCACUCCGAAGACCCGCGAUCCGUACAGUUAUUCGCAAACAAACGAUCAACAGACUCCAUAUUACAACGGGUCUUAUACAUCUCCUCGAGGCCCAUCAUCAUACACUCGCCCGCGUAGCCCUUUAUCACACUCGCAUCAGAAUCCUCCAGCUGGAUCCCUCAGCCCUCCGGGGCAACAACCUCUCCUGGCUUCUCCGAGUGUGAGACAUGGUACCACAGCCAACAUGAACUCAACAACUAAUGGCAAUGCGAUGCCGCCCUUCAAGUCGGAUCUCGCGGCUCCGUCACCUCCCAAGCCCGCGCCUUCAUCAAUGACGUCAAGAGCGAACCCUAUGUCGUUUGAUAGCAUCCUGUCUAGCUCCGAGCCUGCGUCGAAGCCCAAGGAACCUUCUCCCGUUGUUUCCCGAGAACCAGAAAUUAAACUGGAACGAGAGCCUAGACGUGAUCUGGAAAUGAGACGCGAUUCACGGGAACCCAAGCAGACAAAACGUUCAUUAGAGCCCGAACCCGAUCACGACACCGAAGUCGAGAAAGAUGUCGAGACAGAACCUGAACCCAUUCCUAGCAGGGAAAAGGAGAAGGAGCCUGCUAAGAAACGCGGAGGUCGCAAGUCAACCAAAGGUCGCGCUUCUGAUAUACGAGACGCUGCAACGCCCAAGAAUGGUCGUAAAUUAUCAGUCAAGAAGGAAUCACCAACGCCUCGUCUGCCGGCUAAGCGACAGGCUAAUGGCCAACCAAAACCAAAGACUUGGUCGCCAGAGAUGGAGAAGAAGAUCCAGAAUGCCGAGACCCAGAUCGAGAACAAAGCCGCAAACUUGGACGCCGAAGAGUUCGACGAACAACAAUAUAAGGAACGAGCCCAAAAGCGACGCCGCGUGAUGAGUGAGCUCGACGUUGAACAUGGUCUCUCUCGACGCGAUGCAUUUGCGACCGCCGUCAGUAAGAAAUUGAUGCUUCAUGCUGAACUUGGCAAACGACGAUACGACGACGUUUUCUACGAUGAAGCGCUCCAUGAAGUACGCGAACAAGAAGUCUAUGCUGAGAAGGAACGGAAGAAGGAUAUGCAACGCAAGCGACGUCGUGAGAAGUCUAUGGCAGUUACCAUGGAGCAGAAGCAAGCAGCUCUUGCUCGUGCCGAAGCCGCUGAAGACGAGACAGAGCGCCAAAAGCAUCUUCGGGAUGCCGAGCGCGCCGGCAAGAAGGCACAGCAAACGAAGCUUAUCCUGCAGAAGGGUAUCAAGGGACCCGCCCGAAAUCUUGAGAUCAACUUGGAGGGUGGCACCAUGUCUUCGUUCCAAGCUUCUGACGUCGAAUCUGGAGAAGCAGGUACUCCAUCCGGUAAGCGCAAGGCUAAGGGCCGCAGUGGACCUCGUCUCAAGAAGUCAAAGGAGCAAAAGCAGGCCGAGAAGGACUCCGCCGAAGCUGCACAGGCCGCGCUGGAUGCUGGAGAAGAGCUACCGACCAAAGAGGAGAACCGGGUUCGCAUCAAGAUCAAGAAAUCCAAGAAGGACGUCUCUGCUGAUGCCGAGAAGGACAAAGAUGAGGGCGACAAGACCGAUGAAGAGCCUGUCGAGAAGAAGACCAAGAAGGGCAAAGACAAAGACAAGGACAAGGAGAAGGUCGACGACAUCCCCGACAACGAGAAAAGAUUCAUGUCCAAGGGUUACAACCAGAUUUAUGACCAGAUUUGGCGCGACAUGGCCCGGAAAGAUGUCAACAAAACCUUUAAGCUUGCUGUCGAUUCUUAUGCCACUAAGGCCUCCAACCUCAAGAAGACGGCUAUUUUGGCAUCGAAAGAAGCCAAAAGAUGGCAGCUGCGAACAAACAAGGGCACCAAGGAUCUUCAAGCUCGUGCGAAACGUGUCAUGCGUGAUAUGAUGAGCUUCUGGAAGCGCAACGAGCGAGAGGAACGAGAUCUGCGCAAGGCUGCUGAAAAGCAGGAGAUCGAAAACGCUCGCAAAGAAGAAGCCGACCGCGAAGCCGCUCGUCAAAAGAGAAAGCUUAACUUCCUUAUCUCUCAGACCGAGCUUUACUCUCACUUUAUCGGCAAGAAGAUCAAGACUGAUGAGGUGGAACGAAGCACGGACAACCCCGAAGUUGCCAAGGAUGCCCACCGAAUUGAUCAGCAGAUGCUUGACAUUGAUGAGCCUACUGGUCCCGUCGGUAAGGUCACUAAUUUCGAGAAUCUCGAUUUCGAGGAAGGUAGCGACGAGGCUCUCCGUGCUGCCGCCAUGGCCAACGCUCAGAAUGCCAUUGCCGAGGCUCAAAAGAAGGCCCGCGACUUCAACAACCAAGGUCUAGACAUGGAUGAUGAGGGCGAGAUGAACUUCCAGAACCCUACAGGUCUCGGCGAUGUUGAGAUUGAGCAGCCCAAGCUUAUCAACGCCCAACUCAAGGAGUACCAGCUCAAGGGUCUCAACUGGCUUGUCAACUUGUACGAGCAGGGUAUCAACGGUAUUUUGGCAGACGAAAUGGGUCUCGGAAAGACUGUCCAGUCCAUUUCUGUAAUGGCUUAUCUUGCAGAGAAGCACGACAUCUGGGGACCUUUCCUCGUUGUCGCCCCUGCUUCGACUCUGCACAAUUGGCAGCAGGAAAUCGCAAAGUUUGUUCCCGAAUUCAAGAUCCUUCCAUACUGGGGAAGCGGAAGCGAUCGAAAGGUUCUUCGAAAGUUCUGGGAUCGUAAGCACACGACUUACCGAAAGGACGCACCUUUCCACGUGUGUGUUACCUCGUAUCAGCUGGUUGUCUCUGAUGUGGCAUAUUUCCAGAAGAUGAGAUGGCAGUACAUGAUUCUGGAUGAAGCCCAGGCCAUCAAGAGUUCACAAAGUUCGCGAUGGAAGGCAUUGCUCAACUUCCACUGCCGAAACAGAUUGCUUCUUACCGGAACGCCCAUCCAGAAUAACAUGCAGGAACUUUGGGCGCUGCUUCAUUUCAUCAUGCCGUCACUGUUUGAUUCACACGACGAAUUCAGCGAAUGGUUCUCAAAGGAUAUUGAGUCACACGCCCAAAGUAAUACCAAGCUCAACGAAGAUCAGCUCAAGCGUCUGCACAUGAUUCUCAAGCCCUUCAUGCUCCGACGUGUCAAGAAGCAUGUGCAGAAGGAACUUGGUGACAAGAUCGAGCUCGAUAUUUUCUGCGAUCUUACUUACAGACAGCGUGCAUACUACAGCAAUCUGCGAAACCAGAUCAACAUUAUGGACCUCGUCGAAAAGGCAACAAUGGGAGACGACCAAGACUCUGGUACGCUCAUGAACUUGGUUAUGCAGUUCCGAAAGGUCUGUAACCACCCUGAUCUGUUCGAACGCGCCGAGGUCAACUCCCCAUUUGCUUGCGCCUACUUUGCGGAAACCGCAUCAUUCGUUCGUGAGGGCAAUGAAGUCGCCGUCGGUUACUCUAGCAGAAACUUGAUCGAAUACGAUCUUCCCCGUCUUGUUUGGAGAAAUGGAGGUCGAAUCCAUAAGGCCGGCCCAGACAGCCAGGUCGCAGGCUGGAAGAACCGAACAUUGAACCACUUGAUGAACAUCUGGAGUCCAGACAACAUUCGAGACAGCAGCGACGGGUCAAAGGCAUUCUCCUGGCUCAGGUUCGCGGACACAUCCCCUAACGAGGCUUACCAGGCCACCCACCAAAGCUUGAUUGUCCGAGCCGCUAAGGAGCUUCAAAAACGUGACAGACUUGGAUAUAUGAAUGUCGCCUACAGCGAUACUGAGGAUGCAAACUUUACUCCCGCUCAUGCCCUGUUUCAGAUUCGUGCUCGACAGAACCGAAAGCCUGUGGCGGAAAUUACCGGCGAGGGUAUUCUCAGCCGACUGAUGAAUGUUGCCAAGGGAGACUACAACGAAUCUGGACUCGGUCGUUUGGAGCCUGCUGGCAGACCUCGGGCUUCCGCACCUCCUAUUCAAGUAUCUUGCCGCGGCUGGGGAACCGAGUUCGAGCGCAGUGAAGUUUUGUUCAAUGCACCAAUCCGCAAGAUUCUCUACGGCCCUACGGUCUUUGAAGAGAAGGCAUUGGUCGAGAAGAAGCGUCCCCUGGAGAUGUGGCCCACUCGCGAGAUGAUCCCUAAGCCUGAUCAUGAGAAGAAGGGCUUCACCAGCAUCAGUGUUCCUUCUAUGCAGCGCUUUGUCACUGACAGUGGCAAGCUGGCCAAGCUUGACGAGCUAUUGUUCAAGCUCAAGAGUGAAGGUCAUCGUGUACUUUUGUACUUCCAGAUGACUCGCAUGAUUGAUAUGAUGGAGGAGUACUUGACAUACCGUAACUACAAGUACUGCCGACUGGAUGGUUCGACCAAGCUUGAAGAUCGACGAGACACUGUGCAUGACUUCCAGACUCGUCCAGAAAUCUUCAUCUUCCUUCUAUCUACCCGUGCCGGUGGUCUUGGUAUCAACCUCACAUCCGCUGACACUGUCAUCUUCUACGAUUCCGAUUGGAAUCCUACCAUUGACUCUCAGGCCAUGGACCGAGCUCAUCGUCUGGGACAGACCAAACAAGUCACGGUGUAUCGUCUCAUCACCCGUGGCACAAUCGAAGAGCGUAUUCGAAAGCGUGCCAUGCAGAAAGAGGAGGUCCAACGUGUUGUCAUCCAAGGUGGUGGUGCAAGCGUGGACUUCUCUGGUCGCCGUGCUCCUGAGAACCGCAACCGUGAUAUCGCUAUGUGGUUGGCCGAUGAUGAGCAGGCUGAGAUGAUCGAACGUCGCGAGAAGGAACUUCUUGAGUCGGGCGAGUUAGAGAAGCAGCAAAAGAAGAAGGGCGGCAAGCGACGCAAGGCCGAGAACACGGCCAGUUUGGAUGAGAUGUACCAUGAAGGCGAGGGUAAUUUCGACGAUGGUUCAAAGGGUGUUUCUGGUACUGCCACUCCAGCUACGGCUGCAACCCCUGCCGACAGUGACAGUAAAGGGAAGAAGGGUCGUAAAGGAACCAAGAGAGCCAAGACGGCCAAGCAAAGGCUGGCAAUCGCUGACGGCAUGAUGGAAUGA